AUGGAUUUAGCCUUUAAUCAAGGAAACAACCAAGGAACAGGGUUUUCGUUCGGUUCUUCAGCACCAAAUAAUACAGCCAGCCAAGGAACAGGCGCGUCCUCCGGUACAAACUUAUUUGGAGGAAAUUCAGGAAAUAGUGGAGGUUUGUUUGGAUCUGCUUCGAAUGCCGCGAAACCAGGGGGAGGCUUUAGUUUUGGCUCCAAUGCGUCUGAUGCUGGCAACAAGCCCAGCUUUUCCUUCGGACAACCAAAGCCAGGGGGUGCUUCAUUGUUUGGUAGCUUAAACAAGCCUGCUACAGAAACAGCUGCUGGAUCCUCGCCGGCCGGCGAUGCAAAUGCCAACACAAACCAGCCUGCUCAAUCUACUACACAACCAUCAGGUGGUAGUCUUUUCUCUUUCGGUGCUAAACCAGCAGCUCCUGCAACUGGUACUCCUAGUAGUACUGGUACUGGAACAGGUGGAUUCUCGCUAGGAAGUGGUUCCAAUUCUGGAGGCUUGUUUGGGCAGAAACCGGCUAACAAUGCUGCUGCUGCUUCGUCGACAGCUCCAUCCCAAGACAAACCUGCAGCUGGAGGUUUUAGCUUCGGAAAACCCCAAACUUCCUCUACUACUACAGCUGGAGUUACUGAAAACAAACCCAGUACAACCACUUCAGGUGGAUUCUCUUUUGGUGGUGCUACUGGUGCUGCAAAGCCUGCUGAAAACAAACCCAGUACUAGUGCUUCAGGUGGAUUCUCUUUCGGUGGUGCUACUGGUGCUGCAAAGUCUGCUGAAAACAAACCCAGUACUAGUGCUUCAGGUGGAUUCUCUUUCGGUGGUGCUACUGGUGCUGCAAAGCCUGCUGAAAGCAAACCAGCUUUCUCUUUUGGUGGUGGAUCUGGAAGUAAAUUAGGUACUUCCAGUACCACACCUGCUUCGAACGAAGCUAGCAAACCAUCAACGGAUACCACGAAACCAAGUACGACAGCCCCUACUCAGCCUUCUGGUGGAUUUUCUUUCGGUAAGCAAGACUCUUCUUCCAAACCGGCAACCACGGGCUCAUUGUUUGGCUCUAAACCCGGCGAGACGAAUAUAAACAAACCUGAUGCUGCUAAAGAUGCUACUUCAAAACCUGCUGCGGCCGGGCCUGUGGAAUCCCCACCUUCAUCUAUAAAGCACAAAACUUUACAAGAAAUUCUUAAUAAAUGGUCAUCAGACCUCAAUACACAAACCUCAGUGUUCAACAAACUGUGUGAUCAAGUUGCUGAUUGGGAUAAGGCUUUGGUAGAUAAUGGAGCAUUAAUUUCGAAAUUAUAUGCAGAAACAGUGGAUGCUGAACAGUUAUCAAAUCGGGUUGAUGAUGGACUUGAAUAUGUUUCCUCUAGUCAGCAAGAGCUAUUUAAAUUGUUAGAUUCUUAUGAAGCACAGCUUGAAUCCUUUGAUGGUCGUACCCCUACCGCGCCCAAUGUGGAGCGCGAGCGUGCUUUUAAUGUUGCUGAUGACAUUUUGGGUCGUCUCGACAGACUUGGAGAAGAUUUGGGAACUGUAAUUAAUCAAAUGAACGACUUCUCGAAGCCUGAUGACUCUAUAUCUGAAAUUGUUAAGGUGUUGAAUGCUCAAUUAUCAAGUUUGGGAUGGGUGGAAAAUAGGAUAUUCCAGAUGGAAGAAAAAAUAGAAAGCGUCAAAAAAAGGAGUAAUGAUGUUUUAUUUUGA